AUGGAAGAUGAUAUUAACAUUGAUUAUGGCUUGCCGCUGGAGUUACGACCUCUUAAGGCAUGGUCUCCAUCGACUGUCUUUCAGACAUGCACUUCGAAAUCCCCGAAAUCUGCCUAUUCUGAGCUGCCGAAUGUUGUAAAUCUGAGCGCUAAUACUCAAGAUGAGUUCAAGACAGCCUUCCAUAAUAGGCCUAUUUCGGUUCGGAGUGCGACUUCCACCCUGGGUACUAGUGAUUAUACUGGGUACUCGGGUUUUUGCGUCAUGCACUCUGAUCGCGAAGAAGAGACCACCCCUUGCCCCACACCUCGCGGUAAGCCAUCGUUGGACUGUGUUUUCGAGAUUCUGGACACGAACUUCCCCUGGGACACCGACAUCAUAAUAGAUUUUUUUGAUGUAUCCGAUUUUCCAUUGUCUAUAUCUUCAAUCCUUCAGCCAGAUCUCCCCAAAGAGGCCCCUCUGCAGCUGGAUAAGUAUGAUUUUGAUGAGCCCCACAACCUUUUACCAGACCCAUUGUUGCCUCUGGGGCCAUGUCACCAGGUAGGUAUCACCAAUUUGGAGAAUGACAUGAUCUCAGAGGCGUCUCCUGCGAAUCCCACCUUCAAAAUCCUCUCGGAACAAAAAACCAUUGCUUUCACGAAACCGUUCCUUGCGAAAUCUAUCCGCUAG